AUGCCCUCCAGGAGACAGUUAGUAGGCGUCUUUGUGGCCUUUGUCUCUCUGUGUGCAUUGCUUGCGCAUCUUCGUCCAGUUCUGUAUACAACGUCUGCCCAACAUCCCCCCAAUAUGCCAAUCACUCAUAUUGUGCUUUUCCAAUUCAAAGCAAGCACUGACUCUGCGGUUAUCAGCGAUGUUAGAUCAAAUCCUAGGCCAUUUAAUAGCAUGCCGAAUUUGACAUCUACCUCAACCAAGAUCAACAGUCGCAUGCUCGCACUAGAAGACAACUGUCUCCAUCCGUCUUCUCAAAAACCAUAUAUCAAAUCUUCAUCCGGCGGGGUGGAUAACUCCAUCAAAGGGAUCCAGAAUGGUAUUACCCAUGCCUUUGUCGUUGAAUUUGCCAGUAAAGAAGAUCGAGAUUUUUACGUUCAAAGCGACCUUGUGCAUCAGGGAUUCAUCCGCAGCCUUGAUGGGAUUAUCGAAAAGGCACAGGUGAUUGACUUUGCAGAUAGAGUAUUCUAA